AAGGCGGUCAGUGCCUAGUGAAAUGAAGAUGGUCUUUUUAAAAUUCUUUCGACCGACUUUUGUUUUUCUUUCCUACUUCUCUUUUCCUCUCUUGUCUUAUGUCGUCGUAUCGGCUAGCAAUUUCCCUUGUCCAUGUGGGAGAGGUGCGAUGAGGCUCGGCCUCCGGCCGGGCAGGAUCCCGACGUCGUCGGCCUGGGGACCCUGAUCGCUUGCGCCGGUUCCGCAUCUAUCGCGGUUCUCUGCUUGGUGGUUCAGUAUCUAUUUUUCUAUCUCCCUCUAGGCGAGGACGAGCAGCGGCCAUGUGCCGCUAGUCCGAUAGACGUCCUGCUAGUAGGUUGGCUCCGGAAGCCUCUUAGGUAUUUAGGUAUCAAGUCCAGUUCGCCAGCCACGCCCCGGCAACGGGAGCGAAGAUGGCCUGCGGCUCUUGAUCGAUAUGUCUUGGCUCUGGGCGAUGUCCAGCUUGCGAUGGGACUCGCAGUGCUCGCAUACGGUUACGCAUCAUUGAUCGAGCAAGGCUUGUCAAUGUAUCACUGGUGGCUCAUCGUGGGACUUGUCUGGUUUUCGGUAGUAACGAAUCUAGCGACCACUUCGUACCUACGCACCUACUUCGCCAAUAGAGACCCGGGCGAGCGAUGGUGGAGGCUCAGUCUUCUUAUCUUUCUUGUUGUGGUGCUCAGCUUUUCCAUGGUGCCGAUUUACCAAAUCAAAGAGAGGCUUGCUAAUGAGCAUGACGAGGAUGUACAGCGCAGGAUUCUACUUACGACGAACGCACUCUGUUACUUUCCUGGACAUGGCGCAAGCUUCGUUACGCCACAUUUUCGAUCCGGAGUUACGCUUGUCGGCAUUGCUAUUGUUGUCGGAUUGGCCCUUUUUGGGCUUCUGUGGAUCUACGAGAGGCCCCGCAGUGUCAUUUUUAAGUGGCGUGACCAUUACCGGGGAGAAAUGGAGCGAUCGUUUUUCGGGGAUGGAGGCAAUAUCAUAACCUGCAUUCGCUGCGAGCAGCGGCACUUAUUGCUCGUGGUCCGGCCCGUCCUCGCGCUUUGGCUUGUUCUGCGGCUCUACGCCGACCUCCUAAAUUCUGUUUUAACCGAAAUCACCUGCACUGCGGCUACAUUUACCUGGGUGGUCGUGCGUUUUAUCGACAUACUGCGGUUCGGUGGUACUUUGGAAAUUGAUGGUCAUCAUUGGAAUUUCGGACAGAUUAUUGCCCUUGCUUUCUUCGCAGCGCCACUUGGAUCGUUGGCAGGUUGCUUAUAUGGCACUAUUGGGAAACUAUUCUUCGGUAAUAAUGGCUUUUUCAGGUGUCUCAAGCUACAAAAACCGGAAUGGUUACAAAGGUUUUGUAAAACAACACAGCCCGAGCAGACAUCAGAAAAUGAGCCAGACGAUGGUAUUCAACCCGGCUCCGAGCGUACCGAAAGAACUGAUGGAUUGGUUGCGAAGGAUCACUCGGAGACCGCGGAGGGUAAUCCUCAGGCGCAGACACCCGAGCAGAGAAAUAAUUUGGAAAAUGGUGUUGAUGACUUGUCCAAGAGCAUAGAUUAUGUGAAUACUUACAAGGUGCUUCUUUCGCCUCGGUUCGUUGUUGCACUUCCGGUCAUGGGCUUCUCGAACUUACUGCACCUCGUGCUGCUACUGGUCUUACCGAAGGUGCCCGGUUACCCGUCGCCCCCUAACGUCCUCUGGCGGACCAUUUUCUGGUACCUCGUCUAUCAACCGCUACUUCUCUUCGCGUUUUUCCUCGCCGGGAUGAUAGUGGAGGAAAGAGUCACAAACGAGGGACGAAUGCGAGUCGCAUAUCUGGUAAUCGCCGCCGUCACAGCCGUAUUAUCUACGGCAGCUAUCCUAGAUACGCUGUACGGCCUUGGUGGUAUUCCAAUGUCGUACAUAGGCAUGGGAGCACUAGGUCUGAUUCUACUCAUCUAUCUUUUAUACGGAUGUGUGGCUCGGCCUAGCCCUCUAGCGAAAGGCAAGGGUCGUAGGAAUGGAGAUAUCGAGGAAGCUCAACCGCUCCUCGGGGGCACGAUUGGAGAUGUCAGAAGGAGGUUCAUACCAGAAAUUCGCAUCUUCCCCGUGCGGAGACCGAAGCGGUGGCAUGGCCCUUCACGGAGACCUCAGGUGACAAGAGGGAGAAGAAGCUACGGCACAAUCGAUUAAGACUUUAGCACGACGGUAGCUGAGCAAAUGAAAAUAACGGCGGGUGGCGGCACGGUUGCAUAAAGUUUAUUGGUUCAUAUCCCCUUCGAGUCU